UCCGCUCUUCCAACGCUCCCCAGCUCGCCAUUAUUCCUCUCCUCCUCCUCCCGCCACCGAUCCGCCGCCGCCGCCGGUGACCGCCGGACCUGCGUGCGCGCCACCCCACUCCCCAUUUCUCUCCCCACACCGCCAGGCCACCGCUUCUCCCCUGCCACCACCGCCGCCGCCCCCGCCGUUUCCCCCUGUGCCCGGAGCAGCGUCGACGACCCCCCCUCCUCCCUUUCGUCGUCGCUCGAAAUGAUGUUGGAGCUCUGGUGGUAGUUUAAUAAUGGAUGCAAUGGAGGCUGAUGAAGGUCCUUUACUGGCUAUCGAUGCCAAGUUGCAUGCCGGAAUGUGCAGAGCAUUUCAGCCUGCAGUGUCAAAACUUUUAGUGAUUUUCCCUGACAUUGAAGCAUCAAGGCCCAGAAGCAAAUCUGGCAUACAGGCACUAUGUUCUCUGCAUGUAGCUCUAGAUAAAGCUAAAGGUCUUCUUCAACAUUGUGCAGAUUGCAGCAGGCUAUACUUGGCCAUCACUGCAGAAACCGUGCUUUUGAAGUUUGAGAAAGCAAGAAGCCAACUUCAGGAGAGUCUUAGACGUGUUGAGGGCAUAGUAACAGAAGAAAUUGGUUGCAAGAUUGUUGAGAUUGUUGCCGAGCUGGAGGAAGUUGUAUUUACAUUGGAUCAAUCAGAGAAGGAAGCUGGUGAUGAGGUGGUCAAUUUACUCCAGAGAAACAGGAAAGUGAAUAGUUCCAGCGAUAGCGGAGAGCUUGAGGUCUUUCAUAUGGCUGCAUUGAAGCUAGGCAUUACAUCUUCUAGGGCAGCACUCACUGAAAGAAGGGCCCUGAAGAAGCUAAUUGAGAAGUCUCGUUCUGAUGAAGAUAAGCGGAAAGAGUAUGUUGUGUCAUACCUGUACAAUCUAAUGAGGAAAUACUCGAAAUUUUUCAGAAGUGAGACCGGUGAUGAUACCGAUUCUCAAGGAUCGUCUCCAUGCUCGCCGACAGUGUUAGGCAUGGAUGACAUGUAUGGACCCUAUGGAAAUGGCCGAGCAUUCAGCAGACAGCUUUCGAGCAUUCAAUCAUUCAAUUCAAGAUUUGGAUCUUUCAAUUCUAGGCUUGGAUCGUUCAAUUGUCGGCGUAGUGGUCCAAGGUCUGAAAACAUGUCAAUCCCCCCUGAGGAGCUUAGGUGCCCUAUUUCUCUACAACUGAUGUAUGACCCAGUUAUCAUCUCAUCAGGGCAGACUUAUGAGCGUGUUUGCAUCGAGAAAUGGUUUAACGAUGGUCACAGCACCUGUCCAAAGACUCAGCAGCAACUAGCUCACCUGUCUUUGACUCCAAACUACUGUGUUAAGGCCCUAAUUGCCAGCUGGUGUGAGCAGAAUGAUUUUCCUGUUCCGGAUGGUCCACCAGGAUCCUUUGAUGUAAACUGGAGACUAGCUUUCUCUGACUCUGAAGCAACUGGCUGCGUGUCUCUUGAAAGUUUUGACUCUACCAACGUGAAGAGUGUCAAGGUAGUUCCAGUGGACAAUGUGAGAAAAGAAGAGCCAGCAAACAGUGAAUCAGGAACAUUGGAUGACAGCUCUUGUUAUGAUUUUGAUAUGAAUGAGGGGUACCGGAACUUACUUCUAAUGCUUCAUGAAAGAACCAACCCACACAUCCAGUGUAGGUUGGUUGAGCAGAUAAGAUAUCUCCUGAAAGAUGAUGAGGAAGCAAGAAUCCAGAUGGGCUCAAAUGGAUUUGCUGAGGCACUAGUUCAGUUCUUGAGGAAUGCUAUACAAGAUGGAAAUGAGAAGGCACAGGAAAUUGGUGCCAUGGCUCUUUUCAACCUUGCAGUCAAUAACAACAGGAACAAGGGACUUCUACUGUCUGCUGGAGUGGUCGAUCUACUUGAGCAGAUGAUAUCAAAUCCACGUCUAUCUGCUCCAGCCACGGCACUAUACCUUAAUCUUUCAUGUCUACCUGAUGCAAAGAACAUCAUUGGUUCAAGCCAGGCUGUGUCGUUCCUAGUAGACCGUCUGUUCAGCCAUGAGGCCCGUGACACGAAAGGCGGCUCCUGCAAGCAUGAUGCCCUAUACACACUAUACAAUCUCUCUAAUCACCAGGCCAGUGUACCAUCACUUCUGUCUGCGGGCAUUGUGGAAGCUCUGCACUCUCUCCUUACAGAGUCCCCAGAGUCUGAGGGCCUGGGUUGGACAGAGAAGGCCCUUGCAGUGCUCAUCAGCCUCGCCGCAACCCAGCCUGGCAGAAAAGAGAUCAUGUCCACCCCAGGUUUGAUCAGCACCUUGGCAAUGCUGCUGGACACCGGUGAGCCAACGGAGCAGGAGCAGUCCGUGUCCUGCCUUCUAGUAAUGUGCUCAGCCGACGACAAGUGCAUCGCACCGGUGCUGCAGGAGGGAGUUGUGCCUUCCUUGGUUUCCAUCUCGGCAACCGGCACAGGGAGGGGGAAGGAGAAGUCCCAGAAGCUGCUCAAGCUGUUCCGGGAGCAAAGGCAGCGAGACGGGGCACAGCCUGCACCACAGCAAGCUCAGCAGCAGCAGCACCAGCAGCAGGUUGGAGAGACCGGUAACGGCACCAUGGUCUGCCGCCGGGACUCGAAACAGCUGUGCAAGUCGAAAUCGAGGAAGCUGGGAAGGACUCUGAGCUCUCUGUGGAAGAACAGGAGCUUCUCCCUCUACCAAUGCUAGUAGAGUUUUGAGCUGAGUUUGAUCAGUGGAUAUGUACAUCUUCUCUUGUUCCAUGUUUCUCUUGAUCUUUUUUUCUUUCUUUGCCUUUUUUUUUUUGCCUUUGUUGCUUCCUUGUGUAAAGUAAAACUAUCUUCCCCCCCUUCUCGGUGGGGUGAUGUAGGCCAUUUCCUCCCCUUUCUUCCCCUUGCCAAGAUAUGUUCAUAGCUCAUGUUAUCUCUGCUUCAGAAGUUCAUAUCAGAUCA